AGGCGGGGGCCGGGGCUGAGGCGAGGGCUAGGCAGCCGCGCGUGCCCGGGCGCUUUUGGGCGCGGAACGCUGGCGGUGCGGGGGCGUGUUCCCAGCCGGGCCGAGCGGCCGAGCGGCGCCGGGCCCUGAGCGCUGGGAGCGUCGGGCGCCUUGGAAACGGCCGGAAGCUGGGGAGGAGCAGCGGCGGGAGGAUGCUGAGCCCCGAGCGGCUCUCGCUGCCGGGGCCUGAGUACCUGGCUCAAAGACAUGUCCUCACGUACAUGGAGGAUGCAGUGAGCCAGCUGCUGGAGAACAGAGAAGAUAUUAGUCAGUAUGGCAUUGCCAGGUUCUUCACUGAAUAUUUCAACAGCGUGCGUCAAGGAACACACAUCUUGUUCCGUGAGUUCAGCUUUGUUCAAGCUACCCCUCAUAACAGGGCGUCUUUCCUUCGGACCUUCUGGAGGUGUUUCCGAACCGUGGGGAAAAAUGGAGAUUUGCUGACAGCACAGGAAUACCACUGCUUGCUGCAGCUGCUUUGCCCCGACUUCCCAAUGGAACUCACUCAGAAAGCCGCAAGGAUUGUGCUGAUGGACGAUGCUAUGGAUUGCCUGAUGUCUUUUUCCGAUUUCCUCUUUGCUUUCCAGAUCCAGUUCUACUACUCAGAGUUUCUGGAAAGUGUGGCUGCCAUUUAUCAAGAUCUGCUGGCUGGUAAGAAUCCAAAUACUGUGAUUGUGCCAACAUCAUCCUCCGGGCAACAUCGGCAGCGCCAACCCCCAAAUGACUGCAGCCCACUUGAUGGGGUAGAGGCAUCUCUCUUCUACCAGUGCCUAGAGUCCUUGUGUGACAGAUCAAAAUACAGCUGUCCACCAUCUGCUCUUGUGAAGGAAAUGUUGAGUAGUGCACAGAGACUGACCUUCUAUGGAUUCCUUAUGGCACUUGCAAAGGAUCAGGGGAUCAAUAGAGCCCUAGGGGCUUUGCCAGAUAAAGGAGACUUGUUUCUGGACCCUGCCAUGGAUCAGGAACUUGAGAAAUUGGUAGCUCGGGUUUCAGGGAUUUCCAUCUCUGGUCCCACCAGCUCCAGUGGGGAUGCAGCCAAUUUGCCUGUCCGUAACUCACCCAGGAUUAAUUCUCCCUGGAAAGCUCUACACCACCGGCGAAAAAUGGAUGCUGAGAGUGAAGGCUCAAAUGAAGAGACAGACUCCUCUGAAAACUGAAGGUUGUAAGGGUGGGCACCAUUCCCAUCUUGGGUUUCUCCAGAACUCACGGGAGGAACGACACCUUCUCCCAGAACAUCUGCUCUGAUGGUGGGUGGGUUCUGCCCACAUCACCAGUGUGCGUGUGGCCAUGCCAGUCCCCAUUACCAGGUCCACCCAUCCCUUCCCCAGGAAGAACUCUGCCUUUUUCCUAGCUCCUCCCCAGAAGCUAUUUCCAGCCGCAGAGCUAUGUUACCCUCUGCUGGCAGGCAAGACCAACCAGCGACACUAGCUCUGCCUCCACUUGGAAAUAGCCGGGUAUUCUCUCACCAGGGCUCUCCCUCAUGGUUGUGCUGGAGCUGUGGCAGCGUUAGUGCAGGCCGCUUGCCAGUGGUUUGUUGUGUAGCUGUGUUCAGACUUGGCCUAGACAAUAGAGUGGUUAAAUCGCCAGCGGCAGCUCUGCACUCCUGCUCUGUUGUAAUUAUUCCUAGUAAAGCUGCACCUGUAUAUGAUCAAAGCUAGAGAAAUUCCUAGAAAAGGGCUUAGGUAUUGCCAUGCCACCUGUCUCUGCUUCCUUCUCCAUGUGUCCAAGACUUGCCAAAGCAAAUGCAGCAAGUAAGCCAGACCGCAGCAAGUACUGCGUGGUGCUGUCUGGCUCCUCUGCUGUAUCGAGUUCCCUUCUGUGAGGCCUCCUACCACCUCCAACAGCAUCUUAAGGUCACUUGGAAAACUGAGCUUCAGAGGCGCUGGAGGAGGGAUAAAGAAGUCUUUUAACUCCUUGGCCACAGGUGGCAUGGCUUGCAGACAUAUACAGCAUCUGCUGGGGUUGGGGGGGCAGAAGCACUAGGGGAGAAGGAAGCAGUUCUCAAACGAAUCCUGGGUAUUUUUUUGUAAAUAUUGGCAUUGUUACAGCAUCAUAGCAUAGCCCUCACAACUACAAAAAGGAGUAGCAUCUCGUUGUGUUAAUGUGUAACUUACUCAACAGUUUGGCCUCCACAGCCCUGAAUGCUUUGCCUAGCCCAGCUCCUGUGCCUCAGCUUGCAUAGCCAUUAUUUUCUGGGGAAGUCUAGUUUCUCUUGCUUGUGUGGGAGCCUCCUUGCUUCUCCUGCUCAUAAAAUGCGGCAGCGUGGGCUGUCAGGAGCUGAUAACCCAAAGCUCAGAGCAGCCCUAAGCUGAAUGGAUUCAACACAUGGUGGAGCUAUUUUAAGCCUAAUCCCUUAACUACUGCUGAGUCUGUACCACAGCCUCACCUGUGGAGAGAGUGGGAGGGGUUAUUUAUUUAUUGUAAGUUAUUUUAUUUAUUAACAUGCUGGUGAACUGUGCUUUCUCUCCCAACCAUCAGUGAAUACCGACAGCCUCACAAUAAAGCACACUGUCUACAGCC